AUGUCAAAUCCAAUUGUAGCUGGUGCUAACGGAAGUGGAUGUUCAAAUACAGUCUCAAGUACCUCAAUAGUAGCAUACCUUGGUAGUACAUCAAGCCAACAAUCGAUAUCUCAUUUAAAUAAAAGGAAAUCAUAUGGAUGUGGGAGUUCUUCACAUAAGCCCAAAAAAAGGAAGGUUGUCAACCUACAUAAAUCAGCAAUUAUACUUGAUGACGACGCUGCUGAUAACCAUAAAGAAAGUGAUUCAGAAGGUUACUACGACCAUGGAGAUUGUGUACAUAAAUGUCGUUCUUGUGGUGCUUACAUGUGGCAGCAAGAAACUAAAAUUGGUGGUGCAAAAAAAUCUCGACAUGGUUAUGCAUUAUGUUGUUCACAUGGGAAGGUCGUUCUUAAUGUGUUUCCAAAGCCUCCACCACAGCUAUUGGUUGAUCUCCUAUCUCAUGAGCAUCCAAUGAGCAAGCAUUAUAUUGAGAACAUCCGUGCAUACAAUAUGAUGUUUUCAUUUACAUCUAUGGGUGGGAAAGUUGAUCAUACAGUCAAUGAUGGUAGUGGUCCAUACACAUAUAAGUUACAUGGCCAAAAUUUUCAUACAGCCGGUUCAUUGGUACCUCAAUCGGGAGAGCCUCCAAAAUUCUGCCAACUGUACAUAUAUGAUACGUUAAAUGAGUCAGCUAAUCGAAUGAAUGCCAUGAAAUCCGGCAGUAAUGAGUCCAGCAGACGCAACAAAGAACUUAAUUUGGAUCUAAUUGAAGAUAUAAAGACCCUUUUGGAUACAGUUGACAGUCCAUUAGUAAAAUUGUUUAUAAUGGCAAGAGAUCGGUAUUCUCAAAAUGAUCAAGAAAGAUUUAUUAUUCAACUUAUAGGUAAAAGAGACAAUGAUGCCCGUAAUUAUACUCUUCCAACUAUAGAUGAAGUGGCCGCUCUCAUCGUUGGCGAUUUUAGUUCAACUGAUAAAAGAGAUAUUUUGCUAGAGAGUCACAAUGGACAGCUCAAAAGAAUAAGUGAACUCCAUCCUUCGUACCUUCCUCUUCAGUAUACAUUGAUAUAUGUGUAUGGUGAAGAUGGAUAUCAUACUGAUAUUCCUCAUAGUGAAAGUUCCCAGACAAAGACAAAGAAGAAGAAAACAGUUACUAUGAGGGAAUAUUUUGCGUACACCAUUCAAGAAAGAAUGAACGGUUAUUCACUUUUACUUUACUCACGAAAGCUGUUCCAACAAUACAUGGUUGAUGCAUAUACGAUGAUGGAAAUAGAGAGGCUUUCAUACGUAUGCCAUAACCAAAGCAAUUUACGGACAACAAGCUAUAAGAAAGUUGAAGAAGCCGUUCAAUCUGGCAUUACAGACGGUUCAACUAUUGGCAAGCGUGUUAUUAUACCAUCAUCUUUUACAGGGGGAUCAAGAUACAUGUGUCAAAAUUAUCUAGAUGCAAUGGCACUUUGA